AUGCGCUUGCCAAAUAAGGUCAGGUGGGCAGGCAUUUCAGACGUAGUGUCACGUGAUCUGCAUCCGCGCUACUCGGCCGAGUGAGCUGCCCCUACCUUGGGCGGUUCUUCUUGCGUGUGCUGAGCGGCAACGCGAUCGAUCGCGUCGCGUGAGGGAAGGGGGAAGCGAACGCACUGGAUCGUGACUGUGGACUCCCGCGCACGGGCGGGACGUGAGCGUUUGCGCUGAAGUGCUGCUGCUGCUGUUGCGUGCGUGAGUGCCGCGUUGCGCGCAACGCCGAGGUUUGGAGCGUCGCACCAGCAAGCACAAUCAAGCGAGCGGCAUGGGGGGCCGGAGGGCGGAGGGCAGGGGCGAGCAGAGGGUGAUUGAUUCAAGAUUGAUUUGCCUGUUCGAUCGCGCCCAUCUCGUGACAAGAGCUGCGCAUGGCUUUGACGCGUGCGGCAUCGUUGAGCCCCGCGUCUGCUACUUUGCGACGGCAAGCAUCACAAGUACCACCAUCAACAACACCACCACCACCAUCAACAUCAAGACAAUACUACAAAGGAAGCUCAUCGUCUCGUCACCUUCGUUGAGCUUACUAAGGGGGCUGACUGUUCUUAGACUGUUGCCAAAGGCUUAACACGAGGCGUUCGGAAGCUGGUCACACACAAGGUCUCCGGGACUUGGCGCACCAUCAAAAGUCGCCAGUUGGCUAACCCUUCAACGUACCACCUUCAGACAUUCCUCCUCAAGCGCCCGAUCAAUAUUCAUGACCAUGCCCUCCUCGAAGCCAAGGGAGGAUAAGACCUUGUGGGUGGCGCACCAGUCCUUACACGUGCGGUCUCGCGCGAGGCCAGCUGUCCACAGCAUCGCAACGUUGGUGUGCUGACUAGACCUUUCCUUCCUCACCUAUUCGCCACCACGAUGAUGGCUGACAAUUAUCCUCUCGCGCUUUCGCGCUGCUUCGCCUUACGCUCUUUUCCUGAUUGCGACUUCCGGAAUUCUGCUCCAUCAGCAAUGCGGGCGAUGUCGUAAUGGCCAAGGUGAAGGGGUAUCCGCCAUGGCCUGGCAUUGUGAGUAGAAUCACGUCGCAUCCUCGGGUAGGCACAAUCACAGGUGCGCGGUCCGUGCAGCAAGAGGACGCAAAGGUUUAAAUGCCCCAUGGCUUUCUGGACAGCCUAGCGUUGUUUUACCCUUGGCGUGCUGCAGCGACAAAGUCGCAAGCUUGCGCGUGGGGCUAGCAUUCGAUGUUCAGAGUCGCCUGCAACCUCGCGUCCCGGCAUUGUGCGCUAUUCUCGUACCUCGAGCGCAGAACUUAGAUGCAGGGUGUCGUUUUCAAUGAAAGGCUUCUGCAGGUGCAUCUCGCUGGUUGCGCGCCGUGCCUCAGGUAAGGUCAGGUCAUGUCGACCUGAUUUGGAGCUUGGACACACCUUGUUGCCGGAGCCCUCAUUUCAGCAUUUGCUUUGAAUCUUUCAUGUUGACCUUUGUCUCUGAUAACCAGGUUGUCGAUGAAAAGAAUGUGCCCACUUCAGUUAAUAAGCAGAAGCCAGGCAAAGGCGUGUACACUGUGCGCUUCUUCCCUCAAGCCGACUAGUGAGUGAUGGCACCACGACCACAGGAGUGCACGCGACAGUGAUAUCGGUCUGAGCCACUCAUCUGAAUCGCGGUCUCUACUGACCAUCGAUUGAAUCGCCUAAUUUGGCACCCCACAGCAAUUGGUUCAAAGGCUACGAGAUGAACCACCUUACGCCCAAGGAGAUCAAGGCUUUUUUGGAUGAGCCCUCGAGAGCAAAGGCAGAUCUUCGUCAAGCUUUCCUGAUUGCGCAGGACCCCAGCGACUGGAACGACGAGCAGAAUGUCAUUGUCAAAAAUGCGGAAGAAGCAGCUUUAGAAUUUGCUGAGGGCCAGGAUGAGCUGGCGGAGGAUGAAGAUGACGACACCAUCACCGCCAAGCGUGGCGGUAAGGAUAAGAGGAAGCGGGAAGAAAAGAAAGGAGGAAAGAUUCGCGAGUCUGCAGAAUCCAAGGCAAAGAAGCAGAAGAAGGGAGAUGUGAGUAGGGCAAAGAGUGUUUUCGAGGACCCCUGUCCCACCUGCUUUCUCCACGCGCUCACGUGAACCCGCACGCUCGAAUCUUACCUGCGAUUAGGAUGAGAAAGAAAGGGCUGCCAGUGCUCGAAAGAGUGCUGCUGGUGAUGAGGAAAGCGUCGCACAAGGUGAGCGAGGGUCAUCAGGCUUCCCGAGAGCUUGGCUAUGCCUCUGCCGGAGUGGCUCCUGGGUCCUUAGACUUCGGCUACCCAGAGAUAAAUAAGGAAACACUCGAGCGUGGUACCUCGGCGUUUAUAAAUACCGGUGCUCAUCCUCGGCGUACCUCGCUACACUUGCGAAUGCUUCCUUGCAGAUCCCGAGACAAAGAUGGUGUACGGAUGGCGACACGCUUUGCAGCGAGGCUUCUUGCCCAAGGACGGCAUCAUCAAGGAAGAUGUGAGUAAUUAGGGAUUUGCGUAGAAACUCGCGAGGCCACACUGACCUGUCCACUCUUGCCUACCUGAAGGAGACGCCAAACUUUGACAAGACUUUCAAAUCAGUUGAGAGCUACACGGACAUUACUGAGGAGCAGCUGAGGGAGACGAAGAUCGGCAAGGUGAUGAAGCGCAUUGCGCUGCUCACCGAUAUUCCCAAAAACGACGAAUUUAACUUCGCUGGACGAGCACAGGCGCUGUGCCAAAAAUGGGGAGACGUAAUGGCUGGAGGAGGAGGAGGUGCGCCAAGAGUUUCGAAUGGGAGCGCUGGAGGUGCAGCGGCUGCCAAAGAUGAGCCCACGAAUGACUCUGAAGACCCUGCCGCAGAGACCAAACAAGACGAAGCUGCCGCGGAAGCUUCAUGA